UGGCAAGUGACUGAAACAAUUCCGCUUCCUUGUUUACAGCGAAACUGUCUCGGUGGCUGUGAGGACUAUGCAUCGUUGACUUAUUUAAAUAGGCUGAAUAGACCUUAACUCUUACCUAGCUAGGCAGCCUGACGGGCGAUGGACCGGCUGGUGUUUGUGGUUCUCGGGGGUCUGAUAGAGGUUUGCAGCGGUGUGUCCGCAAACAGAGGAGGGUAUCAAACGUUCACAGAUGAAAUCCCAUUUAAAAUCAACUGGCCGGGAUCAGAAUUCACACUGGUAACCAUCAUCGGUGCUCUCUACAAAGAUGAUGACUUUGUCAUCAUGACAACAGCGGAGAAAGAGAAAUAUAAAUGUCUCCUUCCCUCGCUGUCCAAUGGAGAUAAGAGAGGGGAUUACACUGGUCCUAGUCCCAGUGCUCUCCUGGAACCUCUCUUCAAGCAGAGCAGCUGUUCAUACAGGAUCGAGUCCUACUGGACGUACGAGGUGUGCCAUGGGAAGCAUGUGAGACAAUACCAUGAGGAGAAGGAGACAGGGCAGAAGAUCAACGUUCAGGAAUACUUCCUGGGGAACAUGGCCGGGACAGACGACACCACAGAAGCAGAGAAGAUGUCUGAGCUGAAGUCAGAAUCAGGGAAGCUGUCAACUCUAACUUGUCCCCGCCCAUUCCAGGAGGAGGCGGAGUCUCCAGUCAGAGAAGAGGCAUUUAGCUCCACCCACAAGCCCUUGGUGGUGGGCGGGCAGACUCAGGUGACGGUAGGCUCCACCCACAUCUCCCACCUGACAGAUGAGCAGCUGAUCAGGGAGUUUCUGAGUGGCUCCUACUGCCUGCAUGGGGGGGUAGGCUGGUGGAAGUAUGAGUUCUGCUACGGUAGACAUGUACAUCAGUACCACGAGGAUAAGGAGCAGGGGAAGAGCAUCGUGGUGGUGGGCAGCUGGAGUCUAGAGGAACAUCUGGACUGGGCUCAGAGGAACGUAGCUCGCUCCUACCAGCUGAAGGACAACGGCCAGCAGAAAGUCAAGUUGGUGUCUCACUUCUACGGCCACGGGGACUUGUGUGACUUGACAGGGAAACCCAGACAGGUCAUCGUCAAGCUGAAGUGUAAGGAAUCAGAGUCCCCUCAUGCUGUAACAGUCUACAUGCUGGAGCCUCAAACCUGCCAGUACAUCCUAGGGGUGGAGUCUCCGGUCAUCUGCAAGAUCCUGGACACAGCUGACGAACAGGGCCUGCUGUCCAUAUCCAGUUAGAGAAGAGGAGGAGAGGAAGAGGAGGAAAGGAGGAGGAGGAGAGGAACAGGGCCUGCUGUCCAUAUCCAGCUAGAGGAGGAGGAGGAGGAGAGGAGGAAGGAAGGACAAGAGGACAGAGGAUAAAGGGGUUCUUGAGAGAGAGAACCUUGACAGACCCAGAGAACCUUGACAGGGGCGAGCUGGGGGCCCCGCCCCCACCCCCACCUUGACUCUUACCCCGCCCCAACCCUCGCCACCCACCCCGAUCCUAACCCCAUCCUGCCCCUGUCUUCACCACCCACCCUGACCCCGCCCCGCAUCUCAGCUGAAAUAACAACUAAACCAUGUCACACUGACACAUUCAGACUGUAAAGUUGUAUGUCGUUUAUCCUGAGGUGUUGGUUGGACGGUGCUUCCAUUUAGAUUUAAAAACUACAAUUGCUGUUGUCUCUCCUGUCAUUUUACAUUGACUUUGGCACAUCCUCUGUUAUGGGAAAUAAGCUACAACCAGUAGCUGUAACUGAAUCAAAUAAGUUGUUGUGGCCUACCUGUUUUCCACCUGGAAGGAAAGAGUUUGGAUUUUUAAAUAAUAAAAAUUAAGUUUAAAUAUAAAA